GGUGGCCAAAUGGCCAUCCUUGCAAAUGACGUGCGUAGGAUUACAAAAACUUGGAGAGGAGUUCUGUUAUUCUAACUCGCCGCAUCUCCAGCUCCAAUUGCAAACCUUCCGUCCGACGAAUUUGCCCCGGCAAAUCUCCACUAAAUUGAAAGAGGGAGCCCCGCCGAUUACCCACCUGCUGCUCGCAUCCCUCCUCCCGUCCGCCCCUUCUAUUGCGAGCACUUCCAUCUCAACCGUCGAAACAAAAUCGGAGGAUACAGGGGAACGAAGAAGCGGAAGUGAAGAAGGCGAGGCAUGGGAGAUAUCUUUGCUUGGCUCAUUUCCUUUUUCAUCCUCAUAGCACUCCUCGUCAUCAUUGUUUACCAGGUCAACUCCAUCAAAAACCCUAGAACCUUCGAUUAUUUCUUUUCCUGGAUUUUCUCAUUUAUCUGUAAAUAUUAUCAGAUGUAUUGUUCAAACUGAGUUCAUAGGAGUAAUAAGGAUUAAGGAAGAAUUCCCUGCUAUUUAUGCUAAAUUUUGUUGUAACUGCUGUUUUCUAUGCUGAUGCCUUUAAGGUUAUUUGUCUAAAUUUUAGAUUCCUUGGGAAUACUAGGUUACUACUUGGAAAGAGUUUCAUGUUGCAUCUGUAGCAUGUUUGAUGUUAUAUUAAUUGGGAAAUGAAAGUUUACAUUUUGAUGAGAUUUGUUGCAGCUUAUGUGCUUGGCUGAUCUUGAAUUUGAUUAUAUCAACCCAUAUGAUUCGGCAUCGCGGAUAAAUAGAGUGGUUAUGCCAGAGUUAAUCACACAAGCAGUUCUGUGCUUCUUCUAUCUUGUAACGGGACACUGGGUUAUGUCGUUGCUUUGUGCCCCGUAUUUGUACUACAAUGUUAGACUUUACCAAGGAAACCAGCAUCUGAUAGAUGUGACCGAGAUAUUCAACUUGCUUAACCGGGAAAAGAAGCAACGGCUAUUCAAACUGGGUUAUCUUAUUGUCCUCCUAUUUUUCUCCUUGUUCUGGAUGAUUUACAGUGCAUUGGACGAAGAAGAAUGAAAUGAAGGCCUGCCUAGCAUUCCUGGACAUCUUUCAAAAAUUAUUCAUUGCUGUAGAACUGCUGAUUCCUCUCAGUGGUUCACACUACUUUGCCGCAUUGAUUGAACUUGGUCGUUGUGAUUGAUAUAGCUUAAAUCACAAUUUGUAUAAUUGUGAGGUUUCUUUUGAUUUUAACUGCAAAAUGGUUUCAGGCAUCCAGUGUUAUUUGAGGCAUUCAGUUAUGAUACCUUCUCUUCACUCUUGGAUUGAGUUUGAUGUAUUCAAUGUUAAAACUUUGGAGUUGGAAAUUAGGAAUUGCGUUC